AUGCACGCCAAAGGACAACAUUCCGAGGUUGGCGUGAAUAGUGUUACGAAUGAAAGUGCGAUCGCCGCCCUGGUGGUCCUCCAUGGGUACGUGGAGUCAAAGAAUGUAACAAGCCCCACCGACACAUCGUCGGCAACGACGAAGACGAAGCAAACGACAACGAAAGCAGCAUCAACUCCGACGACGGUGUCGACGAAAAAGCCCUCGCCAACGGAGAAGAAGCAACCUGGCAGCGAUCGAGAGGCUCGAGGCAAGCGGACGCUGGAGUUUGGAAACUAUGACAACUACAACCGGUACCAUAGCGUACCAUCACACACAGUCCAGCGUCGCGUGUCACACGCGUACCAAGAUCCGGGACAGUAUAAUCACUACCAGAGCAACUAUAUUCAACCGCAGUACUCUUACCAGCAUCAUCAUUCUGGUCCGUCAGGUCCAGGUCCCGUAGGCGCUUAUCAAGGAUUUGAUGCGGAUAGUUCCAACAGUAUCGGUAACUUCCAGUCACUUCCGCCGGUAGUGCACCCGCACUACAUCGAACCUCCGGAGCCGAUCAUUGAGAUUAUCAUCAAGGAAAGCAACGAUUCGCUGCCCCUCGAUGCUCAGACGAUACUGCCGAAGCAGAAGAAGAAGAAGGAAGAGGUGCAGGUAUUCUACGUGAAGUAUCACAAGGACGAGAAGAAUGGUCAACUCGUGCUGGAUGAUCCAUUGCCCGCUAUUAAGCCCAUUCCGGACGAGAGUGAAGAGGAGGAAGAUUUGUCGCAGGAACCGAUCAUUGUGACGCCUAGCCCACCGUUGAAGACAACAACGCUUCGUGCUGUUAUUAAUCCAGACUCGGAGAAGUACCACAGCAACAGCGGAAUUCGUAUCUCGUUCGGUGUGGAAGAUAAGCAUCAAUCUGGCCACCAGCUGUCCGAGACGGAAAGUGAGUCGGUAGCACAACCGAUUGUCGCACUGCCACAGCAUCUAGUUGACCAGCGUUCCAAGUCGGAUGUGUUCUACCAGCAGCAUCAGCAGUUUGUACAGCAGCAUCAUGAUCGCUCGGUGCGACAGCACUAUCAGCAACAGCCACAGCCCCAGCCACAACAGCAUGGACCUCAGCAGUACCAUCACCAGUUCAAUGCCCCCGUGCCGCAGCAUCAGUACCAUCAUCAGCCACCACCACCACAAGCUCAGCCACUUGUUCAGCAACAUCAGGAACCCCAGAACUUCGGUCAACGAUUUGCUCCGGCUACACCCCAACCCUACCGUGCUCAGCCUCCACCACCUCCACCGCCACCACCACAACCCCAACCUCAGUAUCAACAACAUCAGCAACACCAGCAACAUCAGCAACAUUUCCAGCAGCAGCAGCACUUCCAGCCUCCACCGCAACCACAACCGCAGCCUCAGCAACCACGUGUCGUAUAUCAGCAGGUGCAACCACAGCAACAACACUCUCAGCAGCAAUUCCAAUUCCGUGGACAAUUCCAACAGCAACCGCAGCAACAACCACAGCCACAGUACUUCAACCAGCCUGCGCCAGUUCCACAGCCACGUCCACAGCAAGUUCGAUUCCCUCCGCCACAGCAGCAGCAGCAGCAACAGCAGAAUUUCUACCAACCUCAGCCACAGCAGCCUCAGCCAUCUCCGCCGCAACAACAACCUCAAUUCCAGCGUCAAGAGUAUCAGCAACCGAAACCCAUUCCGAUCCCGCUUCACAACAUUAACCAGCAACCACCACUAAGACAGCAGUACUCAACCCAGCAGCUACAGGCACAGGCACCACAGCCACAGCCGAAACCACAACCGCAGUUUAAUCAGCCCUUCAACAACUUCUACAAACAGCAGCCACAAUCGGUACCACAACCCCAAGUACAACAGCAACAACAGCAACAGUUCCGUAAGCCACCACCACCACCACCGUCGAACCUUCAACAGCCUCCCUUCCUGCCACCUCGGCCACAGUCGCUGGCGCAACAAAACCCAACAUUCCAGCCCCAGAAUGAACGGCCGAAUGUAGAUGUCCGAACGAACUUCUUCGAUGUGCCACGUCCAGUGCAGGGUGGGCUUGUGCAGCAGGCAGCUCCGAAUCUAGGACCGACCCGUGCACCAGAUCAGCUGAAGGGAGUUUCCCAUUCGAGCUUUUCCGAAAACGAGCAUCUAGCUAAUCUGAAGCAUGUCCUACCGGCCGGCGGAGAGCUGGUACCUUCGGUGUCGAAGUACGAGAAACACAUCACGGAGACAGUUAAUGGACCAACGUCGGGACUGCGUCUGACUGCGGCAGGUAACGAUCCAUCGAAUCGUCCACCGUUCUAUAACAUUCAACCCGCACAGGAACUGAUCAGCCACUCAAUCGAACCAACUAUUGAAACUGUGCAGAACAAAAACAUUGGUCCGCUAGUGUCGAACAUUGGACCGCUGCCGACGCCUCAGAAGUACGUCAGCCAGCAGGCAGCACAGAUCAUUCCGAACUCGGAGCCGAUCAACUAUCGCGUAGAUCCUCGCUUCAAUUCCAACUUCCAAGGAGAAGCUCCAACAGCUCAGGGCCCAAGCAGUACACCCUCGACUGUAGGCACAACCCGUACUACCUAUUCGCCAACAUUCUCCACCACACCACGCACCACCGUUGGACGCUAUACAGCUCCGCCAUCGCCAACCACGACACCGUACCGAGCGACUCGUCCACCAACCACCACAACCACUACCACUACGCCACGUUCUGCCGCCGAAGAAGCGGCCGCCAAUGAGAAGAAACAGAAAGCUCUAUUCGAACUGCCCGAUGAGGUACCGGAUGAUCUGAGGGAGCAGCUGCUGUCGUCGGGAAUUCUGGAGAAUGCUGACAUUAGCGUGCUGGACUACGACAAGAUCGGUGAGACGGCACUGGAGAACCUUCCGCCAGAGCAUUUGGCUAACUUCUUCAACGCUGGAGGUGGCUCUCAGCUGGCCGGCUCGAACAAUGUGCUAUCCGUCCUGAAACCGAACGGCGAUAAGCUGGCGGAGAAGUUCAUUACCAAGAACUAUGAUGUUAAGGAUAAGCGUGAUGAGCGCGAUCGGUACGAGAUUGCACAAACCAGUGAAACUGGCAGUGAAACAGUGCCGCAGGUGGAAGAAGAUCAACCAACGAUCGUAACGAUGCCGGAGCGACAGAAUGUGGAUUUGAAGGUAGUGCGCUUUGAUUCGAACAAUCAGCGCAAUGUGACUGAUCGCUACAUCAAGCAAGACUCGACCAUUUUGCCGUCGGUGGAUGUGACCGGUGAGGAUGAGUCUGGUGCGACGGAUCAGGUAUUCAACCGUUAUCUGCCACUGAAGAUCAACGGUGCACAGUUCCCGAUUCCGGAUGUGGUGGAGUUGCGUGGUCGUAAGAUUGCGAGCGUUGUUGUGCUAGCUCCAGUAGAUAAUGGUCCUGCGACAGCAACAGCGGGUAAGAGUGGCGAAAGUGGUAGCGAAGAGGGCGGUACUUCGAGCGGAUUUCUGAUCAAUGCCGAAGAUGAUGCGACGGAUGAGCAGCAAGAUCAGCAACAGUCACGGUUCGAGCGUGAUGUGCUGCUGGAUUCGAAGAAGAUCAAGUUUAUUGCUGGUGAGGCGUUGAAACAGCUGAUUAAGAAACCGUCGAGAGAAAAUUUCCGCCGGUGGUUGGACCGCGAGGGCAAAACGGAUGUUGACUUGCAGAGCGUGGUACUGCUGGUGACGAGGAACGAUUACGAUGAGCAAGAGAUAUUCAUGUACGACAUUGCCACCAAAGGUGUGACGCAUCUGAGCGGUGAACUAUCGGCAGCCUUCGUACAGGUGGCCGAAGAGAACGCCAAAACGCAAAACUUCGACGAGGUGCCGAUCGUGGACAGUGGCAUCGUGGAGCAGAUGGAAACAAAAUCGUCGGCCGAAACCAGCCCGGACUAUGGUGCCGGUUCCUAUGCACUAACAUCGUCCGAAGAGCAGGACGAUCAAGCGCAAGCAUCCGAGCGGAAAGCAAUCUACGUCUAUCCAGAAAACUACCGAGGGUUGGAGGUAAACUCUGGCUACAGUAACAUUAAGAAGUAA